UGGCCUCUUUGAGUGUCCUAUUGAUAUCCCCCCUCUCGUCCUUCAUUCUCUGACACUUAGCUUCAAAAAGAAAAAAAAGCCACGAACUUUCUGCAAUUUGGUGGAGCAUAAAGGCGAUCCUGCUUGUGCCCAUUUGAAUUCACGGCUGUUCUUGCCUGAAAUCUACAAAUCUUUUCAGAUUGAGCUGUUGUUGGGGCCGUAUACAUAGAGAGAGCAGAUUUUUCUCAGAGAGAAGCUUUUUUAAUGGCGGAACUUAGUUCUUUCUCUUUACCAUCUCCCAGAAAUAAUUACAAGAAAGUCACCGGAUCAUCUUUUUUCAGCUUGCCAAGGCUAUGCACUAGCUUCACUGUGAAGGGGUUCUCUGAAACCGACACUGCGAUUAGUCCCACUUCAGUUCUUGACACCAAACCAUUCUCAUUCUCGACCAUCAGAAACUCCUUCUGGUCUGAUAACACCAGCACUUCGUCUUCUUCACCCAGAAACACAGACACAGAGCACAAGCGCUCUUACUGGGAAAAGAAGAAGAUAGAAUCAGUAGGAAUUGGCCUGGGCAUUGUUGACGCUCUGAAAGACGAGAGCUUUGACCCGAAGCAAACUAAACCCGAGACCCGGCCUGUCGUCAUCUUCGGAUCGAAGCUCAAGAUCCAAGUCCCUUCCCUGCCGUUCUCUGUCCCUCCCAACCCCGAGUCGGCGAGCCCAAGGUCUCCACCCAAUUUUGGGAUCAAAUCGAGGAAUUCCCAGCUGGGUUUUGCAUCACCGCGCAUUUCGCGGUCCCCAGAUACGAAAUCCCGUUCCGGGUCAUCCUCCAAUUCGCGUGGCCUGGGUGUGCCCGGCUCGCCCCAGAUUUUAAGUGCCAGUGAGAUGGAGCUCUCGGAGGACUACACUUGCGUGAUCUCCCAUGGCCCGAACCCGAAGACAACGCAUUGCAUUGUCGAGAGCUGCUGUGGUGUUUUUGGGGUUGCCUCUGAUUUGAAGGAGAAUGGAUUUUUGAGUGAUGAGCAGAGUAGUGGUUCUUUGUCACAGAGUUUUCUUAGCUUCUGUUGCACCUGCAAGAAGAAUCUUGGGCAGGGAAGUGACAUUUAUAUGUACAGGCUAGUUCAAACUUUCAAGUUCUGCAAUUUUGUUGGGACAUCAUUUUGAGUGAUUUUUGAGUGUGAUCUAUUGAAUUUGAGCACUUUUUGGACACUUUUGGGAUGAAUGUGGAAAGAGAGCAUGUGUAACUGAGAAUCCCUUUCCAAAUAUGGUAACCAAGUUUACUUCAUGUAGCUUCUAUAAUUGAAAAUUUUUGUGAUUCUGAAACCUUUUUAAUAAGAAAAUAAAGUUUCCUGCCACAUGAAUUUGAAUUUUCCCUAAUCCUGUCAUACAAGAAGAAGCUGAGACUUUCAAUUGCAACUUUGAUCACUGCAGUUCUAUUAGAUUCACCUCUGGUAGGAAGAUGGACCAAUAGAUACAAGUUCAUGUUGUGAUUCUAGCUCUAUUUUAUUGUUUUUUUUUUUUUUAUCAUAAGAUGGUUUACUCAAUACCUAGGAUUUCAUAUCACUUUGCUCUGGUACCUCAUUCUGGUCACAAUUAUUUGUAUAGAGUGAUUCGAUGAACCAAAAAAAGGCACAUCAAUUCGUUUGCACCAUUUAUCUCCGAAUCUUUUAGCUCAUACAGAUUGGCAUUUUCACCAUUUUCAGGAGAGAGAAAGCUUUCUGUAGUGAAGAGUGCCGGUACCAGGAGAUUCUCUUGAAAGAGGGGAUGGGAAAAUCAGAAUCAGAUGAAUAUGGCUUUUCUUGAUAUUGAGUGAUAAUCACCUUGCUUCAAAACAGAGCCUAGAAGAAACCAGCUUCACAAGGAUAGAUUAAUCAUUCUUAACAUAAAUCUUUAGAGGCAGAGAGAGAGAGAGAGAGACUGAACUUUCUAUUGUAUUGAAUGGGUUGAAGCUUGAUAUUCUAGCCUUCGGGGCUGUUUCUGCUACUGCUGCUUCUCUUGGCAAUCUUUUUUGCUUUCAUUUCCCAUUUUUCUCUACUCAUAAUUUUUCUUGUACAAUUGAUUUCCAUGAAGUGAUGAUUUAGGAGAUUUCUAA